UUAAGUGAGUGUGCGUGUGUGUUGAGUAGCCGGGACAACGUACUUUUUUUCGUAAUUUUCCCGUGAGGAGUGUACAGGACUAUUAUUGGUCCUUAUUGACGUCAGGGCAGCGGCGGCCAGAACAAGGCACUCUGAACACGUCGGAAAAAAAAGAAAACUGCAGGUGCGUAAGGAACGGAUUGACAAAGGCGAGGCAAAGGAAGGGAAAUGAAGAAAGAAAGGACUGGUUUCAUUUGACUGCCUAAUCUUUCUGCCUCACACUUCCUCACGCUUCGCUCUCCUCCUGCCACACGCUGUAAGGAGCGUGACCACACCUGGGCAGCGCCGCCACGACCCUCCCCAGCCGGCAGGAAGCUUGGAUAAGGCUGAUGAAGUAGAGCGAGAGAAGUGGAAGGAGAAGAGAUCGAGAAAUGCGGCGUUCAGUCUUGGCAGUGCGGCGCCAAGAUGGUUAUCCCAGCAACAUGAACUAUUACCGAGUGUUACCUGAUGUGCUUCAUAAUCCAGCAAAGUCACUCAAGAGGAGAUGGGAGACGCGAGGGAAGCUGCACCCCCCGCCCACAUUUAAUGCAGCGAUGAAGGCUUUGGGCGAUUCUCUAUUGGCUGAAAAUAAUCAUCAUCGUCAUCAACAUCAUCGUCAUCAUCACCAUCAUCAUCAUCGGCACAGCAGCACUAAAAUGAUGGUCGCGGAAGGCGACUACGACAAAAGGGAGGAAAGAAGAAAUGACAAGAGGGGACGGGAGGAAAGACGACGAUAUGGAGGGGAGAGGAUUAAAGGCGAUGACGAUAAGAGGGGAGGAGGAAAGGACGACGAUGACAACAGGAAAGGGAAAGAAAAAAAAAAUUUCUUCUCUAAGUGUAUUAAAGUGUAAUUGGAAACGGGGCGUGAUCGUGAAGACACGAGUGACGGGCUGGUCUAACGGUACAGGGCGCUAGACACAGACCCCGUUGUAUAUUACUUCUCUCCCCUUUCUUGUUAUCGUCGUUCUCUUCUUCCUUUUCUUUUCUGUAGUCUUACAAAUAUUAUAUACAAAAUAA